AUGGCCUCACAAAAGAUUGCCAACGCCCUAGCGGGUAUUGAAGCCAAUACCCAUCAGUCCACUAAACUGCAACAAUACAAGGAGCUCCUCAGCGAUAUGGUCACAUCCUCCACAGGUCACGAACUCGCCCAAGACCUCGUUUACUACCUCGAUUCGUUCCUCAGCGAAGAAGUCAGCAUUGUUUCUGCCCGUCCCCUCCUGGACUCCUUCAUCAAAGUCCUCCAAUCACUCGCCACAGAAACGAAAAUAAAAGUUGGCCAACACGCCGUCACCCUCCUUCAAACCCGUUCCGCCUCGGUGGAGGAACAAGAUUCGCAGAUCCGUGAGAUCCUUGCAGAUGCAUACGAGUCGCAAGAGGAAUAUACGGCCGCUGCCCGUGUACUGCAGGGUAUUCACAUCGAUAGUUCACAGCGUCUUGUCUCGGAUGACGCCAAAGCUCGUCUUUGGAUCCGCAUCGUUCGCUACUACCUCGAAGAUGACGAUACAACCAGUGCCGAAGCCUUCCUGAAUCGGAUCAAGAACCUUCCUUCCAAACUCGAGGAUCACGAUUCCAUACUCUACUUCCAGCUCUCCCAGGCGAGGAUCCUGGACGCCAGACGUCGCUUCCUCGACGCCGCGCAGCAAUACUUCCAGGUCAGUCUUGCGCUGGGUGUGGACGAGGGUGACAGAUUGGUUGCAUUGUCUGCUGCUAUUCGCUGUGCGGUUCUUGCGCCGGCGGGGCCUCAGCGCUCGCGCUCUCUUGGUCUUCUGUACAAGGAUGGGCGGGCGCAGUCGGUGGAGGAAUUUGGUAUUCUGGAGAAGAUGUUCCUUGACAGGCUUUUGACGGCCGAUGAAGUCGCCGCUUUCUCUAGUAAGCUUGCGCCGCAUCAGUUGGCUGUUACAUCUGACGGCACCACGGUUCUUGAUAAGGCGGUCAUUGAGCACAAUCUCGUUGCCGCGAGCAAACUGUACCAAAACAUCCGGGUUGACGAUCUCGGGGCCAUUUUGGGUCUCCAGUCCUCGGGUAAUUUAUCAGCUGGGGAAAAGGCGGAGGCUUAUGCGGCGCGGAUGGUUGAGCAAGGUCGACUGAAGGGUGAGAUUGAUCAAAUCGACGGUAUUAUCACCUUCAGUGCAGAUGCAGCUGGUAGCUUUUCCCAUUCUUCGAAUGGUAGCAAGUUGAGGCAAUGGGAUGCUGGUGUGCAGGCGCUUGCAGAACAUGUGGAGCGUGUUGCCGAGAGUAUUUCUGAUCAGUUGCCGGAACAUGCUGCCAAGCACAGGUUGGUGUAA